GAGGCCAUGCUUUUGAUGAGUUCCAGAGGAUAAUGAGAAUGCUGCCGAGGAUCAAAGCAGUGCUUGAAGAUGCGGAGGAAAGGGAGAUACAAGACAGAUCUGUGAAGUUAUGGCUUUCAGAGCUCAGGUGCUUGGCUUAUGACAUUGAUGAUGUAAUCGAUGAGUAUGAGUAUGAUGUCCAGGCAGCCCAGAUGGAAGUCAGAGUUGCAGAAGAGUCUUACCACCGUGUAAAGCACAAGCGAGGAGAUGAUGAACAUUAUGAUCAAGAUGAGCAUGUGGAAGGUAUUAAUACAUUAGCAUUCUCAUCUUCUCAAGUUCCAGCAAUUUCUUAUUGCAUGGUUGAGAAGCUAAGGGAGAUUCAGAAAAAAUUCGAUCACAUUGAAAGGGAUCGAAAGGGACUCCAUUUAAGAGAGGAUGAUGGCGUGAGGCGAACUGCUAGUGCUCAAAAUUAUCGGCUUACCAGCUCUCUUGUCGAUGAAUCAAAUAUAAUCGGGAGAAAGAGAGAGAAAGAGAAGAUAGUGAAGUUAUUGCUCUCAGAUUUACAAGUGAGCAAUAAAAUUACAGUUAUCCCAGUAGUUGGCAUGGGGGGUGUGGGGAAGACAACGCUUGCCCAACUCAUUUAUAACGAUCCUAGAAUUUGUCAGUAUUUUGAUCUCCGUAUAUGGAUCUAUGUUUCUGAGGAUUUUCAUCUUGUGAAAUUAACCAAAGAGAUAUAUAGAUCCACAACUAACAAAUCAUGUGAGGAGGACGUUGGAUUCGAUUAUCUUCAAGAUUCCAUAAAAAAAGAACUGAUGAAAUUUAAAAGCAUAUUUUUGGUGUUGGAUGAUAUGUGGAAUGAGAAUCAAUGUCUCUGGGAGUCCUUCCUAAUCCCCUUACACAGUGCAGGUAUUGUGAAUAUUUUGUUCACAACACGUAAUAAAAAGGUUGUGGAUGUCAUCCGGACUACAAACAUCUUUCAUUUGGGCUUUCUUUCUGAAAAUCAAGGUUGGUGCUUGUUCCAACAACGUGCAUUAUGUGAUGAUGAGAAUCUAAUGAAGAUUGGCCAAAAAAUUGUAAACAAAUGCGGUGGAUUACCUUUGGCUAUAAAACUACUUGGGAGCCAUCUCCGAUUUGAAAAAGAUGAAGAUAAGUGGAUGUGCAUCUUAGAAAGCGAGCUUUGGGACUUGGAUCCAGGGACAAAUGAAAUUUUUCCUGCUCUUAAACUGAGUUAUCAAAUGCUGCCAAUUCACCUGAAGCCAUGCUUUAGGUAUUGUUCUUUAUUUCCUAAAAAGCGGAUUCCUGAUAAAAAUCACCUAAUAUGGUUGUGGAUGGCACAGGGUUAUAUCCAACCAAAAAUAAGAGGCAAGACUAUGGAGGAGAUUGGUAGAGAGUAUUUUGAUGAACUCUUGGGGAGAUCAUUAUUUCAAGCAACAAAAUAUGGAAACAAUUUUGAGAUGCAUGACUUGGUUUAUGAUUUGGCAGUUUCUAUUUCUAACAAUGAGUUCAUCAUUAUGAAAUCAGAGGGUGACAACCAAAAUAAUUGCAGAUCAAAUAAUGCUCGCCACUUAGCUGUACAUGAUGAACCAACAAAUAAUGAAGCACUAAAAGGCAUUUUAGCGUUCCCAUUUCUUAGCAGGCUUGUUGCUCUUCGUUCUAUAUUUUGUUAUGAUCGGAGAAUAAUCAAUGAUUUUCAACUUUUGGAUUCAACACGCUUGCGAGUACUGCAUAUUGAGAUCAAUCAAUUUGAUUCAAACUUUUCAAAGUUUAAUGGUUCAAUUGCCUCAAUGAAGCAUUUACGCUAUCUUUUCUUUUGUAGUUUAAAUUUAAGGGCUCAUCAUUGGACCAAAGUUGCUCUUCCAAGCUUAUUCAAUUCAUUACAUAGUAUUGGUAAUGUGCAAGUGUUGGACUUAUGUCAUUAUGAUGAUCCUAUAAUCUUACCAUCAAGCAUAAAAAAUCUCAUCAACCUUCGACAUUUAAUUCUACCGCAUGGUUCUGUCAUGCCAUGUGGGAUAAGCAAGUUAACUUGUCUCCAAACAUUAAAAUGUGUAGUUGUGAAGGAUGGAGAUCAUGAAGGUGGUGGACUAGGUGAGAUAGAAGACUUAGCCAGCCUUACAGGUAAUUGUUGUAUCAGUGGUAUAGCUUAUGCAAAUAAUGUUGAGGAUUUCAAGAAGGCAAAUAUUAACGGGAAGAAGCAUAUUAGGGGACUACUCAUAGAUUGGCAGAAUUUGACAUGUUACGAUAAAUUUGAUGUUCACAUAUAUUUUGAUGCAAAGAAUCAAGUAAAGAAAAAAAGUUUUGAGUUGGAAGAGGUUAAACUUGAGGCAUUGCGGCCUCACAACAACCUCAAAGCAUUAGAGAUACAUAAUUACCCUGGGAUGCUAUUCCCGUCAUGGCUUGGUGAUCCCUCGUAUUCUAAGUUACAAGAUAUAACUCUUCAAGGGUGUAAUAAAUGGGAUGGAUCAGGUAAAGUGCUGGAUAGAGAUCUCCCAUGUCUUCAAAGUAUUUCCAUCAUUCAAUGUGGUAUGUUAAAAAAUAUAGAAGUAGUGCAGUCAUCCUCACUUAAAAGACUAGUUAUUAGAUCUUGCCUGCAAAUAACAUCAUUGCAUUGGCUAUGUAGUUUGCAUAGACUUGAAAAGUUAGAAAUCAGGAUUUGUGAUAAUCUCUUUUUCUCUGCGGAGGAGAUACUUCCUUCUACGUUGCAAUUUGUAUGUUUCGAAGAUUGCUUUAAGUUGACAUCAAUACCAGGCCUGCAAAACCUUCCUUCACUUAAGGAAUUGAAGCUAAAAAGAUGCCCGAGCCUUGAACUCACUUUGGAAGAAAAGCUUUCAACCAUACCUAGUGUUUUGGAGAUUGUUGAUUGCCCUCGAUUAAAAAUAUGGUGCCUAAGAUAUAGAUUCAAAUACUUUCAGCAAAUAUAUCCUUUUUAGAGCUAUGAUGGAGCUGAUGAAGAAUCAUCUAGGGGAUCAACUGAUUAUUCCGACUAUCACAUGCAUAUGGUCACUGUAGGAAAGAGAAAUGUAUUCUUAGGAGGGAAUGGUAAGCCAACAAGUUGCUACCCAGAAAGCAGUGCUGGAGCAUAUCCAAAAAUCACAAGCGGACAUACAAAUGUAGUAUCCUUAGAUUAUGGAGAAGCUUCAGAGGAGGGAGCAGUACAAUGGAAAACAACCUGCAGUGACAGAGGAGAGUGAGGAUAUAGAUUCUAAGUAGAUUGUUUGUGAUUAUAAUUAAUUUGUGUUGUUGGUAUUUGAAUGUAUAAGAACUCUAUGAUUUAUUGCAUGCGUGUUUGAUAA